CUAUACAGAGACCAUCAGCACACAGAAAAAAAAGAAAGAAGAGCCGUAGCAUCGGUUACUCUCUCUCACAGACACAGCUGUGCCGUUUCAAGAUAUUUGCUUGGCAAACACGAAACGCGUCAUCGAUCUACAACACAGCAAAACCAGAAGCACACUUACCAUAUCUUUCUACGCUCCCAAGCCGUGACCCCUUCACAUUCUCUACAUAAUUUCUUCCUUCAAAUUCCACGUCAUCUUCCACAAACCUUCCUCCUAACCCCAAACCUCGCCACCUUCUCAUAUUUAUAUUCCAUUUUAUUUCCUCUGCUUUUGCUGCAGCCCCUAUAAUGCGCCAUGGUGUGUACAACACACCCUUCACACCGCCUCCUAUUCACUCUCCCACUCCAUCACCAACCCCCUUGAACUUCAACCCCACAACCACCAACACCGCCUCUGCCGUCACCUCCGGCCACAACAUGCUUGUCUCUGUGUUUUUGGCACUUUUCCUACCAUGCGCAGGCAUGAGCGCUGUGUUUAUUGUCUAUAUCUGUCUCUUGUGGUAUACUGCUAAUAAUCAGCCAGAGAUUCGUUUGCCUGUAAAGACUGUGACAGAGAAGGGAUUGUCUUCUUCGGAGUUAGAGAAGUUGCCUAAGGUUACCGGGAAAGAGCUUGUCUUGGGGACUGAAUGUGCUGUUUGUCUUGAUGACAUUGAAAGUGAACAGGUGGCUAGGAUGGUUCCUGGCUGCAAUCAUGGGUUUCAUUUGGAAUGUGCUGAUACUUGGCUUACUAAGCGUCCUGUUUGUCCUGUUUGUAGGGCCAAGCUUGAUGCUCAGCUCUUCAGCACCCCUCCUCCUCCUGCUCAAGAGAACAAUACUUGUUAGAGUCUUAAUGAUGAAUUUGAAGCUGAUCAUGUUUUGAGUUUCUUGAUUAGGAUUGUAAAUGAUGCAGUGUCUGCAGGGCUUGUUAAAUUUCAGGGUUUUUUAGGAUACAAAGAAUUCUUGUUCUUUAUUAUUUAUAUACGGCUCUUUUUUAUUUAUAA